CCCUCCUUCCUCUUCGCCGUUCCAGACAUGUUCGCCUCUACGCUCAAGGCUACCCUUAUUGCUUCUCUCGCUGGUUACGCCAGUGCUUUCAGCAUCACUAGUCCCGGCGGAGACAGCCUCUGGUGGGUGGCUCAGUCCCAAAAUACCCUCAUAUGGACUUGUAACGACAACGCGCCCGCGACGACCUUCCAAGUCCUUCUUGCCAAUGGCGACCCUACGAUCCUUACGGCUCCCAUGGCCAUCAUCGCCUCUGUCCAGAAUGCCGACUGCUCUCAUACCAUCACCCAGCAGCAGGCGGCUCUCACUCCGGCCACGAACUACACCAUCCUUUUGGCCAACAUCGUGAACUCAACUGAUAUCUAUGCCACGUCUGCGCCCUUCGAAGUCAAAGCUGCCGGAUCGACCUUCCCCGCCGCAUCUGCGACCCCCACCGGCAGCAGCUCCGCCACCUCUGGCUCCAGUCCCGGGACUGCCACCAGCUCAGGCUCGAGCUCGAGCAGCACCACCUCUUCGAGCGGAGCGGCUGGCAUGGUCUUGGGCGAGUCCGGCAGGGGCAUGUGGGCUGCUGCUGCUCUCGGCGUUGUCGGUGGUAUCUUCGCGUUGUUGUAAGGAAACGGACCCGUGGGACAGGUUCGGCGACUUGCUGUUGCAGAGUUGGACAUUUGCCGAUAUUCCGAGGGACUUGUUCUUUUCCCUUGUUGAGCGUCGUGCUGCGUUGUUCUCUUUUUUGAACUUUCUUUGGUAAUCUGUGUCGUCUGUUUGCUUUUCUUGCUGUUCUUGCUGUCGGUUGGGUCCUCGGUCGUUCUUGUCUGCAUCUCGUGGACUUUCUUUUUUUUUUUUGACUCUCUUGGCCACGCAUUUCGUGCGGUGUCCUACAAUACCUGGGUUUCGUACUUACUACUUACUCACCCGUCGCUCUUUUGAAAUAAUCCGCUCUUUUCGUCGCGUCUGC